AUGAUUACUCGUAGCAUUACUGGAUCUCUCAAACCUAAACAACUUUCUGACUUUCACCUCUAUCACUCUACAAAACAUCCUCUCAAAGCCCUUUAUACUAUCAUCCUUCCUCCUGAACCAACUACCUUUUCACAGGCCUCAAAGAGCCCACAUUGGAGAGAUUCCAUGACUGUCGAAUAUAAUGCUUUAAUAUCCAAUGGUACUUGGACUUUGUGUCCACGACCCUCUCAUAAACAUGUGAUUCGAAACAAGUGGGUUUACAAACUUAAACAAAAAUCAGAUGGCACUAUUGAUCGUUAUAAGGCAAGGCUUGUGGCAAAGGGUUUUGAGCAACAAGAUGGCAUCGAUUACACUGAGACUUUUAGUCUAGUUAUUAAACCAGCUACUAUUCGUCUCAUUCUUGCUCUUGCAGUUCAUUAUGAUUGA